AUGCCGCGUACUAAUCCCUCCCAAGGAACCCGCUCCUCAGGCCGUUUCAACGUCUCAGAUCUCGUCGAAUCCGAUCCCGACGCGCCUUCUCCCUCCUCCAAAUCCCUCAAACGCAAAGCUUCUCCCGAACGUUCCUCGAACGAUUACUCCCCAUAUCCAACUCCCGAUCAUCUCCCCUCCAAACAAAACCGCGCCUCCGCGUCCCCCGCCCUCUCCGCCCUCCUAAAUGGUUCCCCUCCGUUACGUCCCACCCAGGGUUCUCCGAUCACAAAUCCUCCUCCAUCUUCCUUAACCCCUCCGACUAUCAAUGCUUCCCUCUCUUCUACUACUGCAACAACAACAACAACUGCUACAACAGCAACGACAACUACUCUAUCCCCCCCGCAACCCAAAGCAAUCACCGAAAUCACAAAAUCCUCAUCUUCAAGCUCAAAACGCACAUCAACUGGAGCUGCUGCUUCGGCAACCUCCGCCCCCGCUUCUCCAAAACCCGCCUCUCGCACUACUGCUGUUGUCGCCCCGGCUAUCGCAAAAUCAGGUGGCCUGUUAGCUGGUACCUUCGGAGACGUAGCAUUGGGCGAUGACGACCCGGAACCACCAGUCCCCACCGUCGUCCUUCAAAUCUCCCUCAAUGGCGAAACAAAUAAAUAUAUCGACGUCUCGAAACUAGCUGAGGAAAAAUACGGCUGGGCAGCUUUGAAUCCGCGUUUAGCACGCGCCAAACUCAGACCCGAUGCUUCGGGCGAUGAAGCCAUGAUGGAUGCUUCCGAAUCGGAAUCUGCAAUGGAAGAUAAACUCGUCGGAAUGGCCAGUGAUGCUGGCAUGAGUGGAUUGGAUGGCAAGGAUAAACCUAAAAAGAGAAAGAGAAGGGUUGAUGAAUAUUACGAUGCCAAUGAUCCUUUUAUUGAUGAUUCCGAGAUGUUGUGGGAGGAACAGGCCGCUGCUAGUAAGGACGGUUUUUUCGUCUACAGCGGUCCAUUGGUCCCCGAGGGCGAGAGACCGCAGAUUGAGAGAACCAACGGCGGACCCCCCAAACGAGGCCGUGGACGCGGAGGAAGAGGCGCAGGAACCGGUCGUGGCGGUGGAACCACAGGGAAAGCCACCGCACCCCGAAAACCCCGCGUCACCAAAGCCGUCAAAGAGAAGAUGGAGAAGGAAAAGGAAGAAAGAGAGAAGACAGCACUCAAGAUGGCAGCUGCAGCUGCCCAAACGGCGGUUCCACCAACUCAAGGACCUAGACCUGUUGCCGUAUAA